AUGGACUCAUUCCUCCGCUGGUGGCGCGGCGGCUCGCGGGGAGAGCGGCGCACCAUCAACACGACGCCGCUGCCGCAGCGCUACGAGCUCUACCACCGCAAACGGCGCAACGAGGGCGUUUCAUUAAUAGCCGCGUGCUGCAUCGCCUUUAACCUCGUCAUGGGUUCGGGCUUCCUGGCCUUGCCGGCGGCCGUGGCGCGGUGCGGGCUAAUCCUCAGCCCAAUAACGAUGGGCGUCGUUUGUCUGGUUAUGCUCACGUCGCUCGCCUGGGAGGCGGAAGCCAUGGCGCGCGCCGAAGCCUUGGAGGCGCGCGCGCUACGAGGCCAAUCGUCGUCGCCGUCGCUGCUCUCACGAGUCAGACGACCAUCACUGUCAGACCGCACUUUUGAAGUGUGCGAAUUGUGCCGCAUCUUCUGCGGGAAAAAGCUGGAGAUGGCCUACGCGGGGACGUUUCUGUUGUACUACCUCGCGACGCUCUGGGCCUACGCGUUCGUCUUCGCCGAAGCGCUCUCGACGUUCUCCCCAUUGUUCGGCCACGAGGCCUGCAAGCACGACGUCGCGUGUGUUACGUACCGGAAGUGCACCUUCAUUUUUGGUAUAUUAGCCGUACCUUUAUCAAUACUGGAGCCGGGCGAACAAAUAAGCUUCCAGAUGGUCAUGUCGGUGAUGCGCGUUGUCAUUGUCGUGCUGAUGGCUUCUACAGCAUUACUGUCGGCGUAUGGGGUCGACUUCGGGCCGGGCUUCGGCCCCGGCGCGGCCACGAGCACCGCGCCCUUCGUACGCUUCGCUGGUUUAGGAAGAUUGCUACCGGCAACUGUCUUCGCGCAGAACAUGGGCGGCCAGGUACCACUCGUAGCAAGGGAGAUGCGAGACAGGGACGACCUGAACAAAGCGCUGUGUGCCGGUUUAGCAGGAAGUUUUGUGCUCUACUCGAUCCUAGCAGUUUCGGUAGCCUACUCGUUUGGCUCCAUAGCCAAGGCGGCGAACUGCCAGUGGGACGCGUUCGGCGUUGGCAUUCCGUAUUCUGUGUUGCUCGAUGGCAUACGGUGGCUCGUCGUGCUCUUCCCCGCGGUCGACGUGUUUUCGGUUUAUCCUCUCAAUGUCUCGAUCGCCGCCGACACGCUCGUGACGCUGUUUGCCGGUGAUCGUGCGGACCGCGCACAAAGACAGGUCGGCUACCGACGGGCCAUGCGCGCCUGCGUGGCGCUGCCGCCGAUAAUCGGCGCGGGCUGCAUGGCGAAUCUGACGGCCAUGAUCGACACGGCGGGCAUCCUCGUGUUUCUGAUUUGUUGCGGGUUCCCCCCGCUGUUGUCGGUGCUCGGCCAGCGAAAAUGUCGCGCGGCCUUCGGCGACGGGCGGUUGGAUACGACGCGUUAUACACCCGAUGGUGGGAGGACGUGGCCGAAGUACGCGGUCGCCGCGUUCGGUACGGUCGCGUUUGUGAUCGCCGUGGGCACGCCCGGAUAGCUUAUCUCGAUGCUCGUUCGACAUAUCGUGUGCAUAUUUAUA